AUGCUCCGCGCUGCUGUGCUCGCAGUCACCGCGCUGGCUUCUUCCACCCUCGUCGCAGCUCAAUCAAUCGACUUCGCCGCUGUGAAUCGCGCUCCCAAACCCACACAACUGGGACCUCCCACAGCUGGAGCGACUCUGAGCCAGACUCCCACCUACGCACCAUCGGUAGCCGCGGCUUCUGCUUCUGCUGCUGUUGCGACACAAGCCGCCGGCAACGACCAGAAACGCUUUAUCCGGGCGAAGAGGGAUUCGACGCUCGUCGCGAGAAAUGCGUGUGAUGCUCAACCCAGCGGUGCCGCACCCGUGACGGAUCCUGACACUGCCGACGCGUUCCUGGCGAACAGCGUGUAUACCGAUGCCCAAGCUGCCGCACCGGUUCCUCAGGGGUAUUCUUUGGUUUUCCAGAAUCUUCAGGGCGCGACGCAGCAGAAUGGGUAUCUCGGCUAGUGAGUGCACUCUUAGAUCGAUCAUCGCAUCGAGCAGCAGAGAUGGGAAAUGAUACUGACCGAGUUUGUAGCUACACUCUGCAGAGCUACGAUAGCAUCAAGUGCCAGCAGUACUGCGAUGCCACCACGACAUGCACGGCUUUCAAUGUGUACUUGGAGAGAGAUCCGUCCGUAGAGCCAGGCGCGGGCUGCGACAACCCUGCGAGCACAGUCUACUACAAGUGCUCCCUCUACGGCCUGCCCAUCAGUAACACCACGGCCACCAACACGGGUCAAUGGCGUGACAACUUCCAGGUAGUGAUCACUGCCUCCAACGGUCCGUCUCUCUCCCAAAAACCCCCCUUCACCCAACAAUGCAACUGACUUCCCUUCCUUCCCUUCCUUCCAGGCUACGUCAAGAACCCACCCCCCGCAUCCCUCCCCGCCUUCAACGGCCCCAACCCCCUCGCCGGCGCCAUCAACGCCCCCAACGACCACUGCGGCACCUCCUCCUACCUAGGCGUUUACUUCUUCCCCGGGCCCUACGACCCCAGCCCCUGCGCGGCCGCCUGCCAAGCCACGACGCAGUACGACGCCGCGCACCUCGUCGACCCACUCGACGCCUACGACGCCUGCAACUUCUUCGUCGCGUAUGUCCUCAGCGAGAACAACGCCCCCCUCGGCACCUACUGCGCCCUCUACCGCCGCUACUGGAGUUCCCGCUACGCUACCAAUACGGGCCAGUACGAUUCCGAGGGCAAUUAUUUCUCCGUCAGUCAGACUUAUGGCUACACCCUCGCCCAGCAGGAUCCGGGGGUUUUGCAGAACCCCUGA